AUGGACCCUUCUCAACUCCUCACUCCGAACCCGACCAACAACCCGAGCCCAUCCUCAGACGCAGCCAGCAUUGGGAGCCAGAGAGUUCCUCGGUCUGCACACCAUCCUCCGAUACCUCGCCUGAUAACAACACCUCUGAGCGACUCACUUGGUCCUCGUGUAGCUCCCCAGUCGGCGCAAGCGAUAAGCCCUAUCGUCAAGGUGGAGAGCUACUCACGAGGUGACUCGCCCGUCAGGGAUUCUUUUCCCGUGAACCGCCGUCCAAGCCAGUCUUCUGUGCACCUUUCCCCAGGAGGCUUGUCUAAUGGCUCGGAAGAAGAUACCACCCCGGAAGUAGAGCAGCGCACCAUAUCCCGAGCUCGUAACGGGACGUGGGUUCGAAACGGUGUGACUGGCAAUUCAGGGUUGGCGCCGGAUGCGCGAGUGAACGCUUACAUUCCCAGUCCGAACGAGAUGGAGUUUCAGCGAAAGCUCGAGGAAAAAAAUGCCGAUAUCUUUUCGUGGUCCGAGGCCGUCAGCGAGGCCCGCAGUGAGGCUGGCGAUGAGCAUCCGCCUUCCAUCCGGGGCCGCUCCGAUCGUCACGGAAACAGACGCAGAGCGAAAAGUACCGGGGACCCACCCCUCUCCCAGGAAGACUACUUUACUAUCAAGUACAGACAAAAUCGGGGAGAUAUUCCUGGCCCUGGCCUUGUGCUCCGGGAGGAGAUUGAGUCUAGCGAAGACUUGACCGAGUCAUCGGCUCCUGGCACAUCGGCCCCUGAAUCGCCUGCUGUCGAGUGGAACGAAGAAAAAUGGGCUCAGGAGGCGUCAGAGAUCACUCCUCCCGAGUCCCAACAAGCUGAGGCGGCCGAACCAACAUCCCAUCAAUUCCUUGGGUCGCCGCCAUGGCGUGAUAUUGAACACACUUCGUCUCCCACAACCACACGCAUUCAACCUGUCAAUUCACAUCAAGCUAUGGCCGAAUAUCAGAGACGCGCCCGGGAGAUUGACACCAUAUCUCGUGUUGCAACUUGGGGCACGCGAGAACUUGACGCUGAGAGCAUCAGAACCUUCCAGAUGAUGAGCCUCAAUCCAAAGGAGAAAAAGCACGAGAGGAAGAACAGUCUGCUCAAAUACCUACCCAGGAAGCAAGGCAACCUCUUGAAGCGUCAACGCCAAAGAACCGAUCUCUCUACUAUCACCCAACCAGGUUCGGAAGGUAGCCAAGGUCCAGACAGCAAGCCUACUCCUUCGAGAAAAGACAGCUUCCCACAUCGGAAGUUGAGUCUCACGCUCUCCCCCAAAUCUCCGAGCUACAGCAACACUGGGGGUGCAUUGAUAGCCAUGACACGGCAGAUGGCGGCCGUUGGGGGCAAAGAAUCUCUGAAUGUAGUGUCCCCGGGUCCGACGAUCAGCAACCCCUGGGCCUCAUUCAAAGCUCGUGGUAGAAGCAGGAGCGAGUUGCCGAACAAAGGACCAGGCUUGCUUGAGCUCAUGACGACUCACGGUGGUCCACCUGUUCCGAACCUCAAUUACUCCGCGCAACCCGAUGAAUCUGAAGCGCCAAAACAGACUCGGCCUGAGCCUGACGCUGCUGAAGAUGAAGACGACGAGGAAAGUGACGAGAAGGGGCUAGUCAUGGAAUUCCCCCUGCCACGAGACUUGCCACAGCCGACUCUUGAUGGGUUUCGAGCACAGAUCGUCCAGCUUAACCCGCGUCUUGCACCUUCUCUGGUUGAUCGCUUCGCCCAGGAGCAAGUUCGUCGAUACAAGCGGCUUUUGGAAAUCAAACAAACUCAUGCCCAAGAUGUAACGCAAGGGAAAUGCAAGGCGGGCAAGUUCUGCUUCGCCCAAGACGGCCAGGCCAGGCUUUUACCGCCUCGUGCUUCUGCGCAAGAUCCAGAUGCACACACCCAGUUUCAAAUUCCUGGACGAAAAGAGACGGACGAGCCUGAGGUGCUUGGUGAGACCAAUAUUGCGACGGCGCAAUUUCCACCAGGCGUCCCCUAUCCGCCGCCGCAGGUCACUGUAUUGCCAGCGGAGUUUGAAUGCACAGUCUGCUUCAAUGUGAAGAAGUUCCAAAAGCCAUCAGACUGGACCAAGCAUAUAUAUGAAGAUGUGCAACCAUUCACGUGCACUUUCCCAGACUGCUCUGAUCCCAAGUCCUUCAAGCGGAAAGCAGACUGGGUUCGACACGAGAGCGAACGCCACCGGCAGCUUGAGUGGUGGGAGUGCUCGUUCACGGAUUGCCGCCAUAAAUGUUAUCGAAAAGACAACUUCGUGCAGCAUCUCGUCCGAGAGCACAAGUUGCCGGAGCCGAAAGUCAAAAAAGCGAAGAACAAGGGGUCGACAGCUAGAGGCCCAAACGACCCGCUUACACCUGAGAUGCAGGCGGAGAUGAACCACAAACAAGAGGUUAAACGACUCUGGGACCUUGUGGAUAGCUGCCACCAUGAGACGACGCGAAAGCCCAGCGAUGAGCCAUGCCGAUUCUGCCACAAUGUCUGCACCAACUGGAAGAAGCUCACUGUGCACUUGGCCAAGCACAUGGAACAGAUGGCAAUCCCAAUUCUGGGUCUCGUGGAAGCAAAAGAAUUCCAGAGUAGCAACGGUGCGACUAAUAUUGCGGAUACUUGUUCCGGCCAGAUGCCGAUCCCACAUGAGGCCAGCGAUUUCAACCCGAACUUAAACGGAGUGGCUGAUGCGCUCGGCCCUUCCAUGAAUUAUACUACUACGCACGCGCAGUAUCCCAGCAGCCAUGCGGGAGGGCCCGACUCGCUUGCAUUACCCUACAACACGACUGCGACAGUCACAUACCUUCCUGCCACGUCUAUGCCGAUAGAGAGUACAGCGCCUAAUCCGCUGAACAAUUUCGAAAGCGUCUCGCCGUAUGCGCCGCAUAACGCAGGGUUGUCUGGACCAUCUGGACCGUCUGGGCCUUCUGAGCUGGCCGGCCCACAACCGACUUCGGUCUCGUACCCUCCGCCCUUCAACACCGUGCCUCGACUGAGGGUCUCCAAUCAAGACCUGAGGGUGUUGCCGGAAUAUAACAGUUACUCCAUGUCCCCCACGGAGAUGCAGUACGGCGAUCCACACACUGCUGUGUACGUGUCCGGCGUCGCGGAGAACCACUACCCUUACCACGGACCAAUGGGGACGGGAAUGCCGUAUAAUCCAGGGGACUACCAAGGCCAAGGCCAAUGA